GGAGGGAAGAGGAGGGCAAGGAAAACAUGGGAAAUUGAGCUGCUCACCUGCCCUGGGGCUUACCACUGCCCCUUUCCCCCAACUUCAAGGGCAGCUCCUAACUCCCUUCAAAGUCUUUCCCUCCUAGAACUUGUAGAAGGGGGUCCUGAAUCCAGUGCUCUUCUCUACUCCCUUGCCCUCCAUACCCAUACAUUUUUAUUUUUAACAAAACAAAUAACAACAGAAAUAAACUAAAAAGAGAAAGGGCAAGGGACCCCAGGCUGUCCCUUUCUGCCCUAUGCUGCCUCCCCCUGCUCCUAGCCUGACCUGUCUGUUUGAACAUCCAUCUUCAUCCUGCUUCACUGAAGCUCUCUUCCAGCAGGAAGGACAUGAGUGGGAAGGAUCCUUAGGGGUCUUGAAUUGGGCCCCAGACAGAGAAUGUACCUUAGGAGGGAGGGCUAAUGGGGGAGGAGGGCUUCCCUAGCCUUAAGAGACCCUUUCAGUAUAGUGUUCCCCCCCUCCAAUUGUAAAUCACAAGGGCAGGAACUGAGGCGCCUGGCCCUCCCUCCCUUACACUUAUUGGGUGCCCCACAGAGGUCAACGUCUGAACAGUGUUCCCCAAGGGACUUGGGGUAGGACAUGGCAUAUGUCCUUAGUAAACAGGUUUCAUACCAACAUGCCCUGGUCCUACCCCCAAAUUAGAAAUUUUUGAAUGGGAUCCCUCAUCCUCAUCCCAUGUAAAAGAUAUAGGCACUUGAUUCCCAACUCAGGGAGAGGGGAACUGGUACCUAUUUCUCUCCUAAUCCCCAGUUCCUCCCUCCAGGGGUCCCUUCCACGGGACCACAUCCAUAAAUUUUCUUAUGGAACUUCCCCAAGUCUUUGUCCUCUCUAUUCCAUUUGUUUCUUUCUAUGACUUCAUCUGCAUUUUCUAUUUCUAUAUGAUACAGACUCUAUAUUGCUAUAACUCUGUAUAUACUCCCUUCCUUAAGCCCCUGUUUGUCUCUGUCCAUCCCCAUUCCCUGUGUCUCUGAGUCUCAUCCCCACUUCCUCCCAAAUCUCCUUCUGUGUCUCUCUGACCACCCCACUACCAAUCCCUCUGAAUGCCUUCACCUGUAUAAAGUGUUGGACUCUCUCCUCCAGUGUCUGUACUGUGUACAAACAUCCCCCUGAGAAGCACAAGGAGACGACGUACGCAUUGUAACUCUCUCACUGUCUUGGACAUAAAGGAAGCUGUGAAUCACAAGCUCUGCCUCUUUCUGGCCUGCCCUCUCUUCCCUCCAACCCAACCUUCCCAUGCUUGAGGCACUCUCUGCCUUCCCUAUAGCCUUAAGGCUUCUUCCUUCCUUCUCAUCAGUCCCAUUAUUCUUUUUCUGGCUGGCUUUUUCCUCUUGGGGGAAGGGGUGGGCACAGAGAAUUGUCACCUAGCUCAGAGGAUGAAGAUUUCCUCCUGGCCCCAAGCCAAGGAGAGUUUAGGUGAUAAAGUACCUGGAGCAUGGAGUUAAGGCCUCAGAGACAGUGUAAAGGGUGAGAAACACAUCAUAGCAGCUUCUAAGAGUAGCUGCUGAGAAAUAUAUAGGUGGCUGGGAGAUAGUAUUUAAGGCCCUCACCCCCAAGAUUUUGUUGGCUAGGGUACAAUUCUCCCCCCUAUUGACUACCCAUCCUCUCUUUCCUUACCUGGGGUCCAAGCCUAUACCUCCAAAGUUCAGAUUUGAGGAGCAAGGCUGGACUUGAUAAUGAGAGAGGCCUAGAGAAGAGUUGGGAACUCCUGUUGUUAUACCAUCUCCCCAUCCUACCCCUGAGAUGUAGAAUGAAAAGAGGUUUGCUCCUUCUGUUCAUCCUAUUUAGACUAUCUCAGAUGCUCCAGAAACAUCCCUUCCAUCCUAAAGCCCUCCUCCUUAGUGUUCCCUGGGGGAAGGCCCUGGCCAACCCAGCCUCUGAUGAUGAGGGUGAGGCCUCUAAUUCCAGGAAAUACUGGUUCUCUCCUUUCCAGCCCAUUGAUAUGGGAUUAGGUAAGGGGUCAGGUGGAAGAUGUUGCUGGGAGUCCAUAAACAUCUGGUUUCUGGUUGUCACUUGGACAGAGAACUGACCUGCCUGUAGAGAAACAGGAGGAAUUAUGCUCUAAGCAGCAGUGGUGGCAGCAAGCAGGAUUGUGAGUCAGACGCUCCUCUGGUCUAAUAAAAUGGGUUUCAACAUCUCCCCUCAGUGUUUGUUAUUAAUUGUCCAUUCAUUGUAUGUGUUGAAUACCACCUGACACUGGGCUCAGAACUUAGAACACUACUUCGUUUAGCACCAGCUUGCCAGGAGGGAAGGAACAACUGCCUUUAGAGUUAUCCUAUGGAGGCAGGCCUGCCUAACAGAGAACUUGAGCCCCAGGCCAUAAGAAGAGGAAGGAGGCCGGACAGACAGGGAGAUUCCCCAAGAAAGGCUCUACUCAAAGUAGUGUGGAUCUAGGUUAAAUAUUGGUAUCCACAUGAACUUUAUACUGUUUUUUUUUUAAUUCUAUGAAUUUUUGGGCAGAACAAAAACUCUGUAAGGUAAGGUGCAAAAAUCAAUGUCCCCAUUUCAGUGGAAACCAAGAGAUCUGCCCAUGGUGCCCAGUAAGUGUCUGAGGCUCCAUUUUGAUCAGGUCUUUGUGACUCAAAGUCCAGUGUUGAUUGGGAGAAGUGGAGCUAUGGUAAAGCUGGGUAGGCAGCAGGUCAGCUGCUGGUGAGAAGCCCGACUGGUCUUUGAAAAACACAUGAGCAGAUUAGGGUAGGCAAGGAGAUGCAGUUCAUACCCCGACUGGCCCAUUUAUCAGCAGAGUGCCCCUGGGCAUCAGGUCUCCAAAGCACUUUCCCCUCACCACAAUCCUGCCAGGGCUAAGACAGUCUGUAAUGGGGGAUCUUUCAUGACCAGUCUGCGACUUUGGUCAAGCAGAGUACGGGGAAUGAGGCGACCCUAGGCGCGUGGACCUGGGUACUUUCUCUUCACCUGCCUGCCUUAGUUUCCUCCUCUGUAAAACUGGGGGAAUACCAGUGCCGGCCUCCCCAGGGCUGCUUGAGGAUAAGAGGAUGCGAUGGCUUGGCGAGCCUCAGUUUCCUUCUCUGCACAAAGGGAGCUCGCUUUCCUCCCGGAACGAGAACCAAAGCUUUUCGAGAAGUGACCAGAGCUGCCCGAGGCCCCGGCAUCCAUGCCGGGCCGGCUCCGGCCGCGGGCGCCCUCCGGCCUGCAGGAGGCGCCGUUCGGGGCCUCUCUCCCCCACCGCUUCUUCUCGCUGGUUUCUCCUCCCGCGCCUAGGAGGUCAGAAGGAGGGGGCCGCCCGCCUCGCUCUUCCCGCCGCCCCCUCUAGCUCGCGGCCUCGCGAAGCCUCUCCGUCCCGGGCCCGGGCAGGCCCCGGAGGUCGGGCCGAGGGGGGCGGGGGCGGGGGGCGAGGGAGAGGGGCCGAGAAAGGGGGGAGUUCCGGUUCCGGUUCUUUGUGCGGCGGCGGCAGCGGCUCCGGGGGAAGAUGGCGGCCCGGGCUGGUUUCCAGUCGGUGGCUCCGAGUGGCGGCGCCGGAGCUGCGUCGGGGGCGGGCGCCGCGGCCGCUCUGGGCCCGGGUGGGACUCCGGGGCCCCCAGUGCGAAUGGGACCGGCCCCCGGCCAAGGGCUCUACCGCUCCCCGAUGCCCGGAGCAGCCUAUCCGCGUCCAGGCAUGUUGCCAGGGAGCCGUAUGACACCUCAGGGACCUUCUAUGGGGCCUCCUGGUUAUGGGGGGAACCCUUCAGUUCGGCCUGGUCUGACUCAAUCAGGAAUAGAUCAGUCAAGAAAGAGACCAGCUCCUCAACAGAUCCAGCAGGUCCAGCAGCAGGCGGUCCAGAAUCGAAAUCACAAUGCAAAGAAAAAGAAGAUGGCUGACAAAAUUCUACCUCAAAGGAUUCGUGAGCUGGUACCAGAAUCCCAGGCCUAUAUGGACCUCUUGGCUUUUGAAAGGAAACUCGAUCAGACCAUCAUGAGGAAACGGCUAGAUAUCCAGGAGGCCUUGAAACGACCUAUCAAGCAAAAACGGAAACUUCGUAUUUUCAUUUCGAAUACUUUCAAUCCAGCUAAAUCUGAUGCUGAAGAUGGAGAAGGAACUGUGGCCUCCUGGGAGCUUCGGGUGGAAGGACGGCUCCUCGAGGAUUCAGCUCUGUCUAAAUACGAUGCUACCAAGCAGAAGCGUAAAUUCUCCUCCUUCUUUAAGUCUUUGGUGAUUGAGCUGGACAAAGAUUUAUACGGGCCAGACAACCACCUGGUGGAAUGGCACAGGACUGCUACCACUCAGGAGACAGAUGGCUUCCAGGUGAAGCGACCAGGGGAUGUGAAUGUUCGAUGCACUGUUUUGUUGAUGCUGGAUUACCAGCCUCCUCAGUUUAAAUUGGACCCUCGCCUGGCCCGGCUUCUUGGCAUCCACACCCAGACCCGUCCAGUGAUCAUCCAAGCACUGUGGCAGUACAUCAAGACUCAUAAGCUUCAGGACCCCCAUGAACGGGAGUUUGUUCUCUGUGAUAAAUACCUCCAGCAGAUAUUCGAGUCACAACGAAUGAAGUUCUCUGAGAUCCCCCAGCGGCUCCAUGCCUUGCUUAUGCCACCAGAACCCAUCAUUAUUAAUCACGUCAUCAGCGUUGACCCCAAUGACCAAAAGAAGACUGCCUGUUAUGACAUUGAUGUGGAAGUGGACGAUACCCUAAAGACUCAAAUGAAUUCCUUCCUGCUCUCUACUGCCAGCCAGCAGGAGAUUGCUGCUCUAGACAACAAGAUCCAUGAGACGAUAGAGACCAUCAACCAGCUGAAAACCCAACGAGAGUUCAUGCUGAGUUUUGCCAGAGACCCUCAGGGCUUCAUCAAUGACUGGCUUCAGUCCCAGUGCCGGGAUCUGAAGACCAUGACUGAUGUGGUGGGUAACCCGGAAGAGGAGCGCCGAGCUGAGUUUUACUUCCAGCCAUGGGCUCAGGAGGCCGUGUGCAGAUACUUCUACUCUAAGGUGCAACAGAGACGGCAGGAACUGGAGCAGGCCCUGGGCAUCCGCAAUACAUAAAGCCCCUUCUACAUCCUCAGCCUGGCCAUGCCACUUCGUUGUUAGGCUCUCGUGCCUCCCCCUAGCACCUGCCCUAGUCUUGCUUGGGGAUCCAAGGGGAAGCUGCUGGUUGAAGGAUGACACCAAGACGAAGAGGGUCCCACAUUUCUGUCUCGAGACAAGUAUUCUCUCCUCCCCAGUCUCUCCACCUCCCCUUUGCCUCAAAACUCCCAUGUGCCUCUCCCUUUUCCUGGUCUACAUAGGACCUCUAGUUAGUAUUAGUGAGAGAACUUAUAGUGGUAAUCAAUGCUCUGAAUGGAUUGGGCCUAAGGCCAAGUGAUCUUCAAGGGAAACAACUAAGCUGAUCUUGCCCUUAUGAGACCCAGGACUUGAGGGCCAGAGCCCCUUUGCCCAGGUCUGGACCUGGGGGCAUUCUUUAAGUUAGUUGGUUUUGGUUGUCCCUACAUAGAAUCCCAUUUUCUUUCCUUUCAUCAGUUUCUUACAAACUCUUAUCUUAAUGGGAUAUUCAGGGACCCAAGGGAACCUUUAGACUGUUUGGCCUGGUUGUAGCCUAGGAAUUGUUCCCUAGGAUGGCCUGCUGGCUCAGCUCUUCCCUGACCCCCCAGGGGUUCACAUCAGUAUUAGAGUUUGUUCCCUGACUGCUGCUCCCACCUGGCACACUCCCUCUAGCUGCUGCUUUUCCUUAGGAUUCCUCCUAAGCCAGGGCAUUUGGACUGGGAGCCCUGCCUUUCCCCACAUUCAUUCCCUCGUGUGUUGUCACUGCCAGCAAGGCAACCGUUCCUUCCAGCCAUUGCCUGGAGAUGUGAGCACCACCCUUCCCACAUGGCCUCUUCCCCUGUAGAGAGAUCCAGCUCAAACCCAAUGGAUCAAAGCCCUGGGCUCUCUCUUCUGCCCCUUGCCCCUUUAGUCAGCUCCCGUAGUGGGGCUGGGCACCGGGUAAUGAGGGCACCAGGGCUGGAGAGCGGCUCUUUGUUGGGUUUGUGACUCUCUACCCAUAACCCCAUCUGAAAUCCUUCAGCCCCUCAGGUAAGCAGCAGGACCAGGAGCCUGGCCCAGUGGAGCUGAGAUGGUUUUGUAUCCUUCCAGGAAAACCCCAUAUUCCUUUUCCAGGUUGAAUUCCCCCCUUAAGUUAGCAUAUCUCAGGCUCGCAGACUCAACACAGCAGGGUGGGAGAGAGCCAGGUGCAGAAGGGGCGUUGGGUUUGGUGUCGGCUCCAAAAGCCCCAGAACUGACAGACUCCUGCCUCCCCACCCCUCCUCAGGCUCCUGCGAGUACCCCUCCUCUGUGCCUGCUCUGUGUCCCUCUGAAACGCUUCCCUUCCACCACUGCGAUGACACCUCACAGACCUCUGUCAGGGGCGGGCAGCUGAGCCCUGGCCCAGGCCCCACUCCUGGCCAGGACUGUGUGAAGGAAGCUGAGACACUGGCCUUCCUCCCACCACUUAGGCAGUGUCCCUGUUGCAGAUAACUUUUUAUUAACUGAAUAUUAUGUUUUUUCAUGGACCAAAAUUUUUUUUGUACUGUCCCCUUAUAGAUGUCACCCAGUUUUAAUAAAAGCAUCUUCUGAA